CCGAGUUUCAAAUCGGUCGGGGUCGGCGAGGUGAAGCUGUGCGGAGCGCGGGGUUCCGCGUCGGAGCGGGAGUUUGGCAGGCAGAGGAGAGUGGGCCAGGCCGAUGGCAUCUCAAUGUCAGAGCAUGAAGACCACCCGCCGGCCAUCCCUCCUGAAGGAGGAGCAGGACGCGGAGGUGAUGCCCGCAGCCCCAGGCCAUCAGGAGAUGAGCACGGGCCCCCUGGGCUCCCUGUGCAGACAGUUCCAGAGGAGGCUACCCCUGAGAACAGUCAGCCUCAACCUGGGGGUAGGCCCAUCCUGGAAACGCCUGGAAACCCCAGAGCCAGCGCAGCAAGGUCUCCAGGCUGCAGCUCGCUCAGCUAAGAACGCCUUGGGUGCCAUGUCCCAGAGGAUCCAGCAGUCCUGCCAAAGUGGAACCAAGUGGCUGAUGGAGACACAGGUGACGGCAAGGAGGAGGAAGAGAGUAGCACAGAAAGGCAGAGCCUCCCCACCUCCUAGCCUGAGCCAAAGGGGCACCAGGCUAUGUGGAGCCACCUGGGGCUCUCAGGAGAGGGAGCACUCCAGUCACUCAGCCCAGGUGCCUCGAUCCCACCAGCGAAGGCGGUUGAGGAGGGAGGCCGCCCUCCGGAGCCCCUACUCCUCAGCAGAGCCCCUCUGUUCUCCCAAUGAGUCAGACAGUGACCUGGAACCCGUGGGUGCAGGAAUCCAACAUCUCCAGAAGCUGUCCCGAAAACUGGAUGAGGCUAUUAUGGCUGCAGAGAGUAGUGACAUGGCCUGCCCCCUCAUCUGUGACUGAGGACAGCACCCUGCAGGAAUUGAGCCCUGCCUGGCUACCACCCAUCCUCACACCCAUGAUGCCUGCCACCCACCCCCGAGAGCUUCCCGAGGAAACACCACAUUCUCACCCCUGGGUCACUGCUAACAAGACUCUGACUAACCCAGCACACUGGCCUUCAGCCACACCUGGGCCCAGUAAUGACUCUGCCACAUCCUGCAGUGACUUGGGGAGAAGCAGGGAAUUGCUCCUGUUCCCCCAGAAGACUGGAGCCUAAAACUCAUCCCACACCAGAGCCCAGUGGUUGCCUCUGAGCCUUGAGUCCAGUAGCAAAGGCUUGAGGGAGUCACCAUGAACUCAUAGCCUAUAUUUCCAGGGUAGGGGUUCCUGUUCCCUGCUCUGAAGGAAGGGAGAGGAGAUAUUCCAGACUUUCCCAACAUGGUGCCUAUUCAUCAGCACAGAGGCAUUGUGGGUAGGAAG